CUCAGAUCGCUUGCUCCCAAGGUAUCUCUCCUGAAUUUUAUCCACCACACAUGAAUAUGGGACUGUCCAUGCCCAUUCCUCUGCCACCACUGCUGCCUCUACAUGCCACACUGUCUCCUUGCCUCUCUGCAUCUCUGCCCCUCCUACCCUGUCUGGAUGAUUGUGGCUUCUUUAAAUCUUUGGUUGUAGGACUUCCAUGCAGUUCAAUUUUCUGACAGUUCUGGGUGUUACUUGUUUUCGAUAUUUAGUUGUAAUUCUUUUUGGUGUUACACAAGGAGGCAAAGCAUGUCUACUUACACCUCUAUCUUGACUGCAUAUCCUGGUUUACUUUUUUAAAAAGACUUUUAUUUUUAAAGAGAGGGGUAGGAAGAGAGAAAGAGAGGGAGAGAAACAUUGAUGUGAGAAACAUCAAUCAGUUGCCCAUAGGAGGUGUCAUGACCCAGGACUGAAUCUGUAACCUAGGCAUGUGCCCUGACCAGCAGUCAAACAGGCAACCUUUUGCCUUGCAGGAUAAUGCUCACCAACAGAGCCAUACUGGUCAAGGCUAUUUCUGGUUAAUUUUGUGUGUUGACAUUGUACAUGAACAAUUGUUUAUUUAAAGACUUUGAAGACUAGGAUAAUGGAAUCUUACUCCAGAGAUUUUGUUGCCAGGCCUUUAAGGAUGCCUCUUGUCUGGAACUACCAUAAUCUAUAUUCAAAGCCCACCUAAAUGUUGCAAAGCCAAACUCAAAGACUUUGUAGGGCUAGUUUAUUUCCAGGUUAUAAUUACCCUUAAAGUGAGACAUUGAGGUUAAUAGCACCAUAUGGGUGAUGGUUUGUUAGGAAAUCCCUCCCUUUUCAAUGAGCCUUGGGUAUUGAUUUUUGUUACUCUAAUGCCUUGAGUCAGCUUUUGAUUCAACUCAGUUUGGCACUGGUUUAUUCCUUAACCUUUAUUCCUUAAUAGACACACUCAAGACAAAUAAAGGUUAAUGAUAUGAGUACUAAAAAAAAUUGGUAAAUUCCUCUUUGACCUCAUAUAGGAAAAAAAGAGUUCUUAACUAUGAAUCAAAAACUAGAUGCAAUAAAAAGUAUAAUAAAUUUGACUGCUUUUUAAAACAAUGGUGAAACUAUACCAUGAAGUCAAAAAGCAACUAACAAACUGGAAGUAGAUAUUUGCAGCACAUGUAAUAGAUAAGGGUCUAAUAUAGUUAAUGUAUGAAGACUUGAAAACGAGGGAGAAAGACCAACAACCCAAUAGAAAUGUGAAAAAAACAUUGAAAGACAUUUAUAAUGGUGUUAAAAUUAUCAUUAAACAGAGAAAUGCAAAAUAAACACCAUUGAGAGGCUUCUAUCAUAUUAAUGGAAAUUUAAAAGUAUGUCACACUUUAUGUUAGAAGAUGUGUUGGAAAACAUACACUUCUAUCUUGCUGGUGCAAAGGAAAAAAAAAUGGGUCUUAACCUCAAGGGAGGCAAUAGCCUGGAGAUGUAACUUGGGAAUCACCUGUGCCUAGAGGGAAAUGAACAGAGAUCACCGGGGAGAGAGUAUGUGUGGACUGAGAAGAGAGGAGGCCCAGGAAUUCCCUACUCAAGGUGGCAGCACAGCUUCCUGGCAGGCACCACCACUGGACUUGAGUCAAGCAGAGCUGGCAUUGAAAGCUGGCUGUGGGGCUGUUUCUGAGUGCUUAGAGAAGUCAGGUACGUUCCCUGUGAUCAACUGUCAGAACUGGCUAUAAUGGGCAUCUCACAGAUGGUGGACAAGAAUCUGAGAUGCACAAGAUAAAUAAAGCACCUGUGUUCAGAAAGCAGCCUCCUCAUGCUGUGUCCGGUGACUCUCCCAUUGCCAUCACCACCACCCCUACUCCAGCCCCUGUUGAAGUUGACAGGUCCCUUGGGAUGGGGUGGGGUGAGCUGGAGUGAUGCAAUGCUCAUGUGACCCACUGGGCCCCCACCCACCCGUCAUCAGGUCCCAGCACCAUCAGCUCCAGUUGCCCACACAGUACUACCUCCCUGAGCUGUGGGGGCAGUGAGCAAGAGACAAGUGGGCUUCCAGCAGUUGGAGGAAGUGCAGGCCUGGCCUGGCACCUACAGGUCAUUGUGGAGGUGGGCAUAGCCUUUGGUCUGGGCAGGGGUGGGGGUGGAUUCAAGAUAGACCUGGGAGCAGGGGCAAGCCAAAGGAAUUCCAGAGGUGGGGUAGGUAGGGGACACAGCAAUAGCCAGGCAGGUGAUGAGGAAGGAGCCUAUCAUAGACCCCACGAUCUCCUCAAUGCCCCACUUCUGCUACCCUCCAUACAUUUUUUUAAACCCCCACCCCAGACAUGCUUAUUGAUUUGAGAGAAAUGGGAAGGGAGGGAGGGGGAGAGAAGCAUCCAUGCGAGAUAGAGACUUCCAUCUGUUGCCCCUGUGUGAGCCCCAACUAGCAGACAACCCACAACCUAGGCACAUGCCCUGACCCAGAAUCAAACCCUACCUUUCAGUUUACUGGAGGACCCUCCAGCCAAAUGAACCACACUGGCUAGGACUAGGGCUCUCCAUCAGCUUUUAAACCAGUGUGUGACAGAAACAUAGGUAUAUUCUGGACAUAAUUCCCCUUCACACUUCACCUGUGAGGAAAUACUGACCUCCAGGAAAAAAGGGGUGAGUUUGGGGUUGGUUGUAAGGUUGGUGGACACGGGCUCAAAUAGUUUGGAGAGCAUCCUACUCUGGUGCUAGAGGCCUGAAAACUGGUAUGGGGAUGUGGUGCAGGGCAGGUAGGGGAGAGUAAUGUUGGAUGUGGAGAGCCCAGGUUCAGGAAAGGGACAUCAGUCCACUUAGCACGCAGCCACUGCCCCUAUCUCCUGACUGCAGGUCUGAAAGUCUGACCCCAGUGCUCUACAAGGCUAGAAAAGGAAGAACCUGUUCAGAAUCCCUCCAGAACAGGCAAAAGAGGAGACAUCUCAAUGUGAAAAAACUCUACAAUAAAAAUGAAGGAAAGCUGGAAAAUGAAGAAAAGCCAGAAGAUGAAGUAGAUACAGAAGAUGAAGGAAACUCAAAUGAGGAAGAAAAGCCAGGAGUUGGGAAGCCAAGGCACAAGGGGAAGCACCAGGAAGAGGGAGAGCCAGAUGACAAGAUUAAACAAGAAAAGCAGGGCAAAUAUGAAAGUGAGGGAAAACCACACAGUGAGGGCAAGCCAGAACCCCAAGCUAGGAGCCAGCCACAGGCUGUUGAAAAGUGCUCAGCUGAAGAUUAUGUGCCCCAUAUAGCAAAGAAGAAAACAGAUAGGGGAAUGGAUGAUUCUCCCAAGGGCUAUCAGGAGGACUUACAAGAAAGGCACUUGGGUAGUGAGGAGAUGAUGACAGAAUGUGAAGAUGUGUCAAGGGCUCAGGAAGAGCCAAGGGAAAAAGAUAACCACUCGUUGAGUGGUUUUCAUUGGAUGCAAAGAGAUGUACAGGAUCCAUUUGUACCAAGGGGCUUAUGGGGUAUCAUCAGGGCAGUGAGGGGCAGAGGCAGGGGCCAAAGGGGCUUACAUGAUAUCCUAUAACUUUAAUGCCCUUGGACAUCAAUUCUGAUUUCUUUGAUGGGAAUAUUCCACCCCUGUUUUCCUGGUGGUCAUUUGCCAGGUGAUGUGCUCUAACCUUAAACUGAUACUUUGCUUUACGUGUCACCCUUCAUACCAGCAGCCUUUUGAUCCAACUAUACAGUGCUCUCAGUUUCAGUAGGGGAUUUUCACCCUUGUGCAUGGAAGAGGUGUUCAUGGUACUGUGUAAAACAAUAAAGAAAAAAGCUUUUCAGAAC